CAGAUACAAACAAAACCAAGACCAAGGCUGCAAGACAACACAAAGAAAGAAGGCUUUGUGUUUGGUUUCUUCAGUCUUUGAUCCAUUCCAAAUCCUAUUAAUCAUUCAAUAGUCUUAAUCUUAAUUUAAUAUUCUCACAUGUAUUCUUAUCCUUAAUUAUAGCCAAAUUGUUUUCCUUUGCCUUUUCAACCCUUUUCGCUUGUUGCAUCGGUUACCCUCUCAACUCACAAUAAAACCAAACACAAUUACGAUAUAAAUAAAUCACAAAAAAAAUACCAAACAUUUUACACACACAACCCAGAAGCAAAAAAAGAACUGAAACAACAAAAAGUAACAACCUUUGUGUUUGUUUUCAUUGAUUUUGUGUUUGAGACAAAAGGGUCAGAGAGAUAAAAUCAAAAGGGUUGAUCUUGGGAAUGGUGAUCAUAAAUCAAGGAAGGAAGAAAGAACAGAAAGGAAUGCGAUUAGGGAAAUACGAAUUGGGUAAAACACUUGGUGAAGGAAAUUUCGGAAAAGUUAAGUUAGCAAAGAACACUGAUUCUGAACAAUUUUUUGCUGUUAAGAUUCUUGAAAAAAAUAAGAUUGUUGAUCUCAACAACACUGAUCAGAUAAAGAGGGAGAUAUCUACCUUAAAGCUUUUGAAGCAUCCUAAUGUUGUUAGAUUAUACGAGGUCUUGGCUAGCAAAACCAAAAUUUAUAUGGUACUCGAGUACGUGAAUGGAGGAGAAUUAUUUGACAAAAUUUCAUCGAAAGGUAAACUUACAGAAGCUCAUGGUAGGAAGAUGUUCCAACAAUUGAUUGAUGGUGUAAGCUACUGCCACAAUAAAGGUGUCUUCCAUAGGGAUCUUAAGCUUGAGAAUGUACUUUUGGACGCCAAAGGGAACAUAAAGAUAACUGAUUUUAACCUCAGUGCUUUGCCGCAACAUUGCAGAGCAGAUGGGUUGCUGCAUACAACUUGUGGAAGUCCGAAUUAUGUUGCUCCUGAGAUUCUUGCCAAUAGAGGCUACGACGGUGCAAAAUCCGAUAUUUGGUCGUGUGGUGUUAUCUUAUAUGUAAUUCUAACAGGAUACCUUCCUUUUGAUGAUAGAAAUCUUGCAGUUCUCUAUCAAAAGAUUUUCAAAGGAGAAGUUCAGAUACCAAGAUGGUUAUCACCUGGUGCUCAAAACAUAAUAAAGAGAAUUCUUGAUCCCAAUCCUAAAACCCGAAUAACAAUGUCAAUGAUCAAAGAAGAUGAAUGGUUUAAGCAGGGUUAUUAUCCUGCAAAUCUAGACGAUGAGGAAGAGGAUGUUUACAUUGAUGAUGAAGCCUUUUCCAUCCAAGAAGUGUGCCUUGAAGCGGACCAGGGUAGUCCAAAAUCACCAACACUAAUCAAUGCAUUUCAGUUGAUAGGGAUGUCUUCAUGUUUAGAUCUCUCCGGCUUUUUUGAGAAAGAGGAUGUCUCGGAGAGGAAGAUAAGAUUUACUUCGAACUAUUCACGUAAAGAUUUGACGGAGAAGAUUGAGGACAUUGUAAUAGAAAUGGGAUUUAGAGUUCAGAAGAAAAAUGGAAAAUUGAAAGUGAUACUCGAGAAUAAAGCUCAUAAAAGUCUCGGAAGCUUCUCAGUGGUAGCAGAGGUUAUCGAAAUAGGUCCAUCUUUGUAUGUAGUAGAACUAAGGAAGUCCUAUGGAGAUCCUUCUGUAUAUCAACAACUAUGCAAGAAGUUAUCAAAUGAUUUGGGUAUAGCGAAAGCGGCACAGCUAGUGAUCUCAGAAGUGAUAAGCAUGUGAAGAAAAUAUUAGAAGCCAGAUAAUGUAAAUUUCUCCUUUUUGUUUUCUGGUGGAUUAGUUACGUGUUAGAUGUCGCGGGUUUGAAUCAAGUUCAGGUAAUGCAGCGGGACUAAAUUUCUUUAGCAAAAGUUUUGCGAAUUUAGUUGUCUCUUAUGGUCCUACCCAGCUCUAGAGAUUAGUUAGUCUUUAUAGUUGCUCGCGGAGGAUAUUUGAUUUACACCAAAAAGUUGCGAUAGAUAUCAAUUGUAUAUAUAUAUCAUUUGAAUUGGUGAAUUAUGAUUAUUCAUAUAUAAUGAAUGAAUUUAGUAGUUAAAAAUA